AUGAUCAUGAAUAAGUUGUUGGGUUCUAUUGAUGAGGCAAAUUAUAGCUUAGAUAGAGUAGUUAUAUGUAAAGGACCAUUUGACCAACAUAUUUCUAAUUGUAUCGAAAAUUUAAUGACUGAAAGAGAAGAGAUAAACAAGUUUCUAAUUGCACCAAGUCAAUCAUGUACUAUAGCUAGAAUGGCAAAAACGGAUGGUAUUGUAUUAGAGCUUGGAGAAACAGGUGCAUCAUGUUGUACCAUAUAUGAUGGUACUAUCUUAAAAGGAUCGAUGUUUACAAACAACAAAAUUGGAGGACUUAAAUUAGUCAAGUAA